AUGUCUCAAAAUCCCCACGAAGACGAUAACAAAGCUGUAAUGAUCUUACCUAGUACAGAUUUGUCCCCUGAGACUGGUAGAGUGUCUGAUGUCCAUAAUGACAUGUCUAGGGAGGAGGAAGCGCUAUCUUUGGAACAUGAGAAUUGGCAGUGCGCGCGGAAAUGGCCCUUCUAUGAGUACCGAGUGGUGUGGCGGGAGUACUUCGCGGAGUUUUUCGGGAUGUGGGUGUUCAUGACGCUUGGCCAGGGCACGAGCGCGACGACGACCUUCCUCACGGAGAAGUACCCCAACAACCAGGCGGUGGCAGCGGAGGUGCUCGUGAUGUUCGGCUGGGGCCUUGCUGUUACGAUGGGGCUUUACGUCUGCAUGGGCGUCUCGGGAGGACACAUGAACCCCUCCGUAACAUUCGCUAACUGUCUUUUUGGUACGAUGCCGUGGCGGAAGUUCCCUGGCUACGUGUUCGCGCAGACCUUCGGUGCAUUUAUAGCCUCAAUGUGUGUUUACCUCCUUUUCUACAAUCGUUUUAAGCACGCUGAGGCUGAAUUGGCUCCUGGGGAGACAAUGACAUUAAAAUACGGUGGAAUAUUCUGUACAUACCCUCAUGAAACGAAUGCGGUGUGUGCGUGGAACGAGUUUCUCGAUACGACCGUUCUUCUUUUCUGCAUCAUGGGCAUGUUUGAUUCCCGUAUGACACCUGCAGAUACCUACAAACCAGUGGCGGUUGGGCUGCUCAUCAUCACGAUUGCCGUAUCAAUCGGUAUAAACUCGGCGUUUGGGAUGAAUCCUGCACGUGAUCUUGGUCCUCGCAUUGCAUCUUCUUUGCUCUUCAAGUCCACUGAUCCAUUUACCGUUUUCGAUCAUUAUUUCUGGAUUCCUACAUUUAUCCCUCCAUUCGGGGCUGCUUUCGGGAUGUUUUUAUAUACCAUUUUCAUUAUCCCGGACAAAAAAUGA